AUGAUUCGAUCAAGAGAUCGAAAUAAUGAUGGAAUGUUAAAUAUAGCAGAAUUUGUAACAUUAUUAUUAACCCGAAAUCGGAUUAAUCGAAAUAAGGAACUUUUUGAAUUAAUUGAUAUUAAUAAUGAUGAUAAAAUUACAUUUGAAGAAUUAACGUCUGUUAUGGAUGGUAAUUCAGGUGCUCAACAACAUUCCGGAACACAGGUAAGAAGGAAACAAAAUUUAGCUCAUCAAUUGAUAACACUUAUUGAUCAGAAUUUUGAUCAAAGAUUAUCUCUUCAAGAAGUGCAAAAUUUUGCUGAUGCAAAUAAAAGAGGAAACAGAACUGGAAUACUGAGAGAAUUCGAGUACAUCGAUUCUAAUAGGGAUGGCUUUUUAACAAUUAAUGAAAUAAUUAAGGAACCGGAAAAAAUAGCGGCAUUAGUACAUUUCCAGGAACCACCACCAGUUAUCAAUAAUUAG